AUUCUUCCUUAAAAAUUUCUUUACUCUUUGAACAAUGACACUUGACUAUCGGCAAGCGGGUUACCAUCGUUCGAUCGUGCUCGGCUCUUGUCGGUCGGGGAUCGUUCGUCUCUCGUCUUUGGAAUCGUCUGGUUUGUGGAUAGUCUUACUCGUUUUGUUCUGGGUUGGAACUUCCCUUUUGGCGUACGUGAAAUUAUUCGUCUUCCGUAGUUUUUUAAACUCAAGAUACGCCAAAAAUGCCAAAAGGAAGAGGAAAAAUGGUGAAUCAUAAGGGCAAGCAUCGCCGCUUCACUAACCCUGAAGAACUAGAAGAACAAAAGAAAAGGGAAGAGAAUGAAAAGAAAUGGAGAGAAGCUCGGGGUGAUGCAUCAUCUGGAGAUGAAAGUGGGAAGGCAGAGGAUUCAGAAUCUGAGUCAGAGGAAGAGUCUAGUGAGGAGGAGGAGACAAAAGCAAAAGGAGUAGAAGGACUAAUCCAAGUAGAAAAUCCUAAUAGAGUCCAGAAAAAGACUAAAAAGCUUACUGCAAUUAAUGAAAUAGUGAAAGACUCAACAAAACCUGAAUUAUCCAGGAGAGAAAGAGAAGAAUUAGAAAAGCAACGAGCACAUGCAAAUUAUCAGCGUCUACAUGCUGAAGGGAAAACUGAGGAAGCUCGAGCAGACCUUGCUCGGUUAGCUAUAAUAAAACAACAGAGGGAGGAAGCUGCGAAACGACGUGAAGAGGAAAGAAAACAGAAAGAAGCAGCUAGACAGUCAAAGACUGCACAAAUGCAGAAGGCCUUGGGUAAAAAGACGACUUGACUGCAACAAUCACUUAUCUCGAAUGUUUGUUUAAAUUUUAUACUAUAAUUUCUUUGCAUCAUCUGUACAUUGCUGAAUAAUGAUUGCUUUUGUUUUUUGUAUCAUCUAUGCUGUGAAGCAUUUUUAAAUUAUUGAAACUUAACAAAUGUAUUGAUGCAAUGCAAUUGCAUUGGUUCAGGUUGUUGAUGUGGGUCUUCAUCCCUCCCGUGGCUGCAAGCUUAGUUUUUGGCUUGCUAAAAUAUUAACUCAUUUCCUUUUUAUUGAACUAUCUAAUGAAAAAUAUUCACAUAUGAAAAAAUAUUCGAUUAACUAAUUUUGCUCCAAACGCUAAAUGUUCAGACCCUUUCAAGGAAAAUAGUAGAUCUGUCUUAAUGUCCAAGCACGACUCAUUUUAAAAAACUUUUUUUUCCAAGAUAUCUCAAAAACAAGAAAACUACAAACAAUACAAUUAACAUGUUGGAUAAGUGGAUAUAUGUCUGAAUGUUAUACAUUUCCAAUGUUCUAAAUUAUAAUUUACAUGCCGUUGUGAGCUGCUAUGUUGUAAUUUGUACAAAGAUAUGAAUAAAUUAGAAUAUACUCCGAAGGAGAAUUUUGUUGAAUUGAUCUAAUAUGUAGUAACUUUUUUCUUACUAUGGUUUCUUAACUUUCUAGGAUAUAGUACAUUAAGAUAUGCAGAAGACAGUGUGCUUUAUCCUUGAAGAUAUUUUUGUUUGUUUUCUUUGUUCCUUUUGGGUACAUAAAGAAUUAUAUGGUAAUUACCCAAUUCAAUUUUUUUUUUUUGUGCACAAAUAGAUGAUUUUUAGCAUUUAUUUCAAAACAUCACUUUUUUUCUUGUAUUUUUUUCUUUGAUACCCAACAUUUAGUACUUUCUUACCUUUUGCAAUUGGUUAGGUAUGUUAUAAUCUUGAUAGAGAAUUCAUAUUGCAUUUAAAUUUGUUUUCAUUGUAGGAAAGAAGAAAGAUAAUUGUUUUGUCAAUUUUCAAUAUAAUAAAAGUUCACAGGUCAGUGGUCUUUGCCAUUUCCUUUCUCACAGAAUUACUUUGACACUUGUUUCUUAACUCUGACAAAAAUGGAGUUUGGAGUAACUUUUAUGUGGUUGAAAGUGUGUUUAAUUGUUGCACAAAAGAUUUUAGUAUUUCUGGAAGUAAUCUAUUCCCUUAACAGCUUGUUAUAGUCAAUUGCUUCUUUAUUAUAGUGAAGUACAGCAGUGAACUGCAGUAUUUUGAAUGUUAACAGGACAAGGAAUAAUAUCAAAUUUCCAUGUAUUUUGACUGACAUGAAAUUUAUUCUAGAAGCCAGUUGACCGAUAAACUUUUAAAUCUAUGAAAAAUCUGUUUAUAUUUUUGGAACCUAGAGAAUGCUUUGAAGAUCUAAAACAUAUAAUUUAAUAUUUUUUAAUUUAAUCAAGGCAGGUUAUUGGGGGUUGGGCAUUGGAAAGAAUUGUUCUAUAGUUGGCAACAUUUUGAAAAAUAUAUUUCUAUCAGGGCUAUAAUAUACAAGAUCAAAAAGCUAACAGUAGCAACAUGUUAAUUAAAUGCUUAAGCCUACUCUUUCUCAUACAAUUACUGUAAACAAUAUGGAAGGAAAUAAUAAAUAAUUACAACACUUUGCUACCACAAAACAAAAAGAGGAACUGAAGCUAUAUAUUUUGCUUUUGGUAUACAAUGUUAUAAAUACCACUAGCAAAAAUGGUUCAAACUAAUAUAUUCAUUGUUAAUGAUGAAUUUUUGAAAAUUACAAUAGUUAAACUUUUUG